AUGAGUACAAGAAAGUCUAAAUCAACACCUGCAACAGAUCAACCAUCACAACCACCAAAGGAAUAUCCUGAAGUUAAAGUACAAUUAUAUGAUGGAUUAUCAAUGAAACAAGCAUUAGAUGACUCUAUUGUUAGAUAUUUCACAGAUGAUUUACAAUUCAGUCAAAAUCAUACACUCAAUAUCCUUAAAGUAUUACUUGGAUUUGUUGGAUGUAUAUUGGCAGGAUUAGCUCAAUUCUAUCCAACACCAUUCCCAAAAAACAAACCAAUUUUAAUUACCUGUGUAUUAUUAUAUGGACUUAUUAGUUUUGCAUUAUAUUAUAUUACAAUGUUUAUUCAAAAGGAUAGCAUUUUGAAUGCAAGCAAGGAUAAAACCAAUUUACAAAUCUCUACCAUACUUCCAAGAUACGAUCCAAACUAUACUGUAAAGAUGGAAGUUGGUAACUAUAUUCAUUCAAUGACCCACUCAAUCGAUCGUUACUUUGAUUCCACUGGAAUACUCGAUCAACCAGCUUUCUUUCAUGACAUUCUCAAGCUUUACAAUGCUGUUACAUCAAAACAAAAUUAA